AUGGGAGAACACAAGCUGCUCUGGAUCGGGGUAACCGUGCCCACAGCUCCGACGGCCUUCCUCCUGGAGCUCACUGCACCCACAGCCUCUCAGCGUCCCAACCUGGUCCCAGGCAGCCCUGUCCCCUCACUCAGUGUCAUCCUGGAGCCAUCCCAGUGCAAGGUCCUGCUGACCAAGUGGAUCCUGUCACCCAUCGCUUACCAGAAACUGACACUCAGUCACCUCAGAUUGAUCAAACGGCCAUUCUUUCUUCCUUUUCCAGAAGGAGUCUAUGUGCUCAGGGCAGUUAUUUACAAUGAGUUUUAUGGAACCGAAGUGGAGCUUGGGCCUUAUUAUGUGGAAAUUGGCCACGAGGCCGUGUCCGUGUUCAUGAAUUCCAGCAGUGUCCACGAGGAUGAACUUCUGGUCUUUGCCGGCUCCCACAGGGAUCAGAAAAGCACUGUGGUUAUGCAUCGUUUUCCGUCCUUUUCCUCAUAUAAUGUGUCCUUUACUUCUCAGACCCAAGUGGGUGACAGCCAGGCUUGGCCCAGCAUCACUGUUUGGUAUCAGAUGCAAUCUGUCUCUGUCUACACAAACGGGACUGUGUUCAGCACAGACACCGACAUCACUUUUGUAGCUGUUACCAAGGAAACAGCUCCCCUGGAGUUCGUGUGGUAUUUUGGAGAAGAUCCACCAGUGAGAACAACUUCCAGAAGCAUUAAGAAGAGACUCGGCAUCCCCCAGUGGUAUCGUGUGUUGGUUACGGCUUCCAACGGGAUCGGCAGUGUGGCGUCGGAGCCCCAUCACAUCAGGGUGCAGAGGAGAAUCGUUGCCAAUCGGCUCACAUCCACCUCCUCGGCUCUGGUGAAUGCCAGUGUGACCUUUGAGUGCAGAAUCAACUUUGGCACCGAUGUUGCUUACCUGUGGAACUUUGGGGAUGGUGCUGUUGGCCUGGGGAACAGCUCUGCCACUCACGUCUACAGUAGGGAAGGAGAGUUUACCGUGGAGGUCCUUGCCUUCAAUAACGUCAGCUCUGCCUCCCUAAGAAAGCAACUUUUCAUCGUGCGCCAGCCCUGCCAGCCGCCCCCGGUGAAGAACAUGGGGCCCGGGAAGGUGCAGGUGUGGAGGUCUCAGCCUCUGAAACUAGGAGUGACCUUUGAAGCUGAGGUUCUCUGCGACAUCUCCCAAGGCCUUUCCUACACCUGGAGCUUCAUGAACUCUGUGGGGUUGCCGGUGCCCCUGCCCCCUGCUAUCAGCAGUCAUGGGAAGACCAUCACUGUCCCCAGCUACUUCCUGGAGCCUGGGAACUACACUGCACUUGCCAAGGUUCAGGUGGAAGGCAGCGCCGUGCACAGUAACUACUGUAUAGGGGUGGAGGUGCGGGCCCGGGCCCCCGUCAGUUUGAUCUCCGAGGGCACACACCUGUUUAUCUCCAGGACCCCCUCGGCCACCAUCGUCCUCAGCGGGUCCUCGUCCUAUGACCCAGACGAGCCUGGGGCUGCUCUCAGGUAUCACUGGAAAUGCACCGCAGCCAGCACCCCCGGGCACACCUGCUUCCCCGCCUCCGCUCCACGCGGCCUGCACGCCUCGGCCCCCACGCUUUCCUUUGCAGCGAACUCUCUCAGUGACAGCUAUGACCAGUUUCUUGUGACGCUGAUGGUGUCCAGCGAUGGCCGGACCUCGUCAGAGGCACAGGUGUUCCUGUCCACACGCCCCGACUUGGCGUUCAGAUUUGUCCACAUCUCCCGGGUCAAUUUUAAGGACAUCUUUGUUAACUGGAAUGAAGAACUUUCUCUUCAAGCUGAGUGUGAAGGCUGUGGUGAAAUAUCAAAUCUCUCUUACUCCUGGGAUCUGUUUUUAGUUAAUGCAACAGAAAAGAACAGUAUAGAAGUUCCCUUUUGUCGAACAGUGGGGCUGCUGGGAUCCUCAGAAUUUGGGGCCGUUUUGAAGUUGUCAGGGUCUAAUCUGCCGUCCCUGGAGCCACGCAGGGCAGAUCCCUAUGCAACGACCACUCCAUCCUCAUGGAAGCCGUGGCCGGAGACCCCGAGCCAGCCUGCCCUUUCAGCUGCGGGGAGAACCUCCACGGAGUCCACGAUCGGCAUGCACUGGGCUCCCACUGCCGGUGACCCUGCGGCCCCAGGGGGGGCUCCCCGGAAUGAGGGGUCCCCAGGGCCCACCCCCUCUGGGAGAAGCUUGCCUCCACAGAACCUGUCCCCUCACUCCCCUGAUUUUGAAGCCUAUUACAGUGAUAUCCAAGAAGCAAUGCCAUCCAAAGGGAGACAGCCGGGGACCAACAUCAACCUUCCAGGAUCAGGACCAAGUGCAAGUGCUGAUGGGAGCCGCGGUGACGGGGACAACCUGGUGGGCCCCUUCCUCCCCACUGUUAGUGCCAGGCCUGCGCUCUUGGUGGACUGGCCCAAGUCUGUGGUCAGCCGGGCUGUUUUCCAUGGCUACACCUCAUCUGGUAUCACAGAGAAAACUGUGACGAUAAAGCCGUACUCACUGAGCCCUGGAGAGACGUACGUCCUACAAGCCUCUGUGGGUUCAAAGCACAGUUUAUUAGGGAAAGCUCAGCUGUACUUGACGGUCAACCCAGCUCCUCAAGACGUGGCCUGUCAGGUGCAGCCCCAUCACGGCCUCGAGGCACACACCGUCUUCAGUGUCUUCUGCAUGUCGGGGAGACUGGACUUCCGUUAUGAAUUUAGUUACCAGAUAGGAAAUACCUCCAAACACACUUUGUAUCGUGGGAGAGACAGCCAGUAUUAUUUUGCGCUGCCUGCUGGUGAGCCCUUGGACAAUUAUAAAGUCAUGGUGUCCACUGAGAUCACAGACGGCGAAGGCUCCCAGGUGCAGCCGUGCUCUGUGGCGGUGACUGUGCGGCCCCGUUUCCAUGGGAAUCACUGCCUAGGCGAGGACGUAUACAAUUCUAGCCUGAAAAACCUAUCCACCCUCCAGCUGAUGGGGAGUUACACGGAAACCAGGAACUAUAUCACCAUGAUCACCAGGGUCCUGAGUCGUUGGGCUAAGGAGGACAGAAGUCCCUCGUGUGGCCAGUGGUCACGAAUACAGGAUGCACUAAUUUCUUCAGUAUGUAGAUUAGCUUUCACAGACCAGGAAGAAAUGACUGAUUCUGUUUAUAUGUUGAGGGACCUCAUACGCUUCCCUAAGAAGUUAAGCUUCACAAGUGCCGUUCUCAUCCUCAAGUACACUCAGACUCUCCUCACUCAAAGCCAGUUCUCGGGGAGGUUCGUGGUGGACAAAGAGCGGAUGCUCGAGCUCAUCCUUCUCGUCUCCGGGGUCUUAGAAGUCUCUGACCAUGAGAAAACGAGGAAGGUGGACUACCUACGAGAAGAAGGAAUUAAGGUCAUCUCAGACUUAUUGUUAGGCUGCCUUUCUUCAAACAGCGAGCGUCAGCUCCACGUUAGCACCGGGCAGAUGGAGAUCCGCACGCUUCUUCAUCACGACCUGCGGAGCUCCGUACAGAGCCUGGGCCCUGUCCAGGUGCAUUUACCUGGAGAGCUGGCUGGGCAGAGUCCCGCUGGGACUGGAACGCAGAGCCCAUGCUAUAUUAGCCAGCUCAUGCUCUUCAAGAAGAAUCCGUAUCCAGGGGGACGAGCUCCUAGUCAGGUGGGCAGAGUGCUCGCCCUCUCCCUGUACAGCUGCUCCAGCAGAACACCCAUCAGCGGACAUCGGCUGAGGAAACCCGUGACUGUGGAGUUCGGGGAGGAAGAUGGCCUGGAUAAUAGGAGAAAUAAAACAACAUUUGUGUUGCUUCGGGAUAAAGUGAAUUUUCAUCAAUUCAUUGGGCUUUCUGAAAACCCCCAGGAAUCUCUACAGAUAAGGAUAGAAUUUUCUAAGCCCCUUACAAGAGCUUUCCCGGUCAUGUUGCUGGUAAGGUUCUCUGAGAAACCUACUCCAUCUGAUUUUCUUGUGAAACAGAUCUACUUCUGGGAUGAGCAAAUUGUGCACAUUUACAUACCUGCUGUGUCCCUGAGAGACACCAACUUGGGGUAUUUAUCCUUAUUAGAUGCUGACUAUGACAGAAAACCUCCGAACAAGUAUUUGGCUAAGUCAGUAAACUAUGCCGUGCAUUUCCAGUGGAUCCAAUGCCUGUUUUGGGACACGAGAGAGUGGAAAUCUGAAAGUUUCUCUCCACAACCAGGAACUUCUCCAGAAAAAGUGAACUGCAGCUACCACCGCCUCGCAGCAUUCUCUGUUGCAAGAAGAAGGCUGAAUGCCAGUUUUGAAACAAGUGACAUUUCCAAGUUACAGGGACAUCCGGAAAACCUGCUUCCUGGUAUUUUUAUUGUAGUUUUUACUAUUCUUUAUGUACUUUUGGUUACUAAAAGCAGACGUGUAGAUCAUCAUGAAAAAAAGAAAACUGGUUACAUUUUUCUGCAAGAAAACGCUCCACCUGACCACCAGCUGUAUGCGGUUGUGGUGGACACAGGCUUCCGGGCUCCAGCCCGCUUUAGCGCAAAGGUUUACAUUGUUUUAUGUGGUGAAAAUGGACUUUCAGAACCCAAGGAGCUCUACUGUGCAGAGAAGCCCCUCUUUGAAAGGAAUUCCAGACACACCUUUAUCCUGAGUGCUCCGGCUCCCCUGGGCCCACUCCGGAAGCUCCGCCUCUGGCAUGACGGCCGUGGACACUCUCCCGCCUGGUAUGUCAGCCAUGUGAUGGUGAAAGAGCUGCGGGCAGGACAGGGACAGAGCUGGCUCUUCCCCGCCGAGUGCUGGUUGGCAGUGAGCAGGCAGGACGGCCGUGUGGAGCGGGAACUGGCCUGCCUGACCCGGGGCCUCGGCUUCCGCAAGCUUCUGUAUGCAAAGUUCACGGAGUAUCUGGAGGACUUCCAUGUCUGGACCUCUGUGCUCAGCCGGCCCUCCUGCAGCACCUUCCUGCACACCCCACGCCUCACCGUGGCCUUCACCUUGCUCUGCUCCUACUCAUGUCUUGCCGCCCUGCUCACUGCUGUAGGACAGGAGCAGCUCACGUUGGAUGUCGGCCCCUCCGAUGUCACUCUUGGGUCCUUCUGGACGGGUUUCCUGUGCACCCUUCUGGCUUCUCCAGGGGCGCUGCUCUUGUCGCUGUUCUUCAGGCUCAGCCAGGUACCAGCGGCCGGUCUGCAUGGCCCUGUUCUCCUGGGCGGCACCCUCAUCGCCCGGACGCCCUCCCUGAACAACCUCCUUACAUCUGCAGGAAGCCAGUGGGCCUCCCGGAGCAGAGCCGUGCUUGCCCCUGAGAGGAGUGCUGACGGAGGCAGCUCAGAGACUCACUGCUCCCCGGUGGCCGAGGGGACCCCUGCCUUGGUCCGGCUCUGCAGCGUGGGUCCUUUGCGGGAUGGUGUCCAUGGCCUGUGGCUUGGGGACGGGAUUUCUAGGAUACAGCCUUCAGCCUCACCCGGGACUCCUGACGAUGAUGAAUGUGUGGUCUUGGCUGCCCGACGACAAGCACGCCGCCUGCGCUGGGCACGUCCACCAUCCACAGCCCAGCUCAGAAUGACCAGGGAUAGGAUGAGAAGAGAGAUGCGAACUCGAGAGGCGCUGAGAGACAUUAGCAUGUACAUCCUCAUGCUGCUCCUGCAUUUGUUUAUAAUUUAUGGGAAAUUUUCCAGGGAUGAAUAUUCUCUCAAUCGAGCUAUCCAGAAUGAAUUUACAAGAAAUGCCCGGAGUUUCUUGGGUGGCCUGAGAAGCAUGGAUGACUGGUGGGACUGGAGCCUGACCACACUGCUAGAUGGCCUGUACCAGGAAAGCUCUUCUACGGCUGGCAUGCUGGGUGCUCAGCCUGGAGCUCUUGGAGGAAAGUGCUACCUAAUAGGCCCUUCAGUCAUUAAACAGAUGAAAGUUCCUCUUGGUAGUUUAUGUGAGCUUCCCAGCCCACCAUCAGGGCAUUUUGAAGACUCUCUUCCUACACCUAGCCCCACAGUUGGAAGCCCUGAAUCCCCCUCCAUGAUAGACCCAGAGAUUGAAGGAGUGGCCCCGAGUGGCCCCGGGGGCUGCAGGGAGGACUGUGCACUCAGCCUGGGCAGGACAAGGCCCGCAGCCCGAGCAGCCCUGGCCAGGCUCAGGGCCAGCAGAUGGAUCAACUGCAGCACCAGGGCCGUCUCGGUGCACUUCACCCUCUAUAACCCUCCAACCCGACUCUUCUCGAGCGUGUCCCUGAGUGCUGAGAUGCUCCCCACAGGGGGGCUCGCCCUCUCCUCCCUGGUGGAGUCCUUCCACAUCUUCCGCAGCAACUCAGCGAGGUACCACCUCAUACUUCCCGAGCUGGUCUUCCUGGUGCUCAACCUGAUUCACCUCUGUUUUCAACUCUACGGCAUGACUGAGAAGGGCGUCCGCAACUAUUGGCGAAAACCGAGAAGCUGGCUGGAGCUCUCCAUAGUUGGAGUGGCCUUCGCCUACUACGCAUCCUCCGGACACCUGGGUACUCUUGCUGGGGAGGUGACCGACCAGUUCCACAAAGGGUUUUUCCAAGGGUUGGCAGACCUCAGUCAUAUGGCAUCAUGGAAUCAGAAGGCGAGAUGGCUCCAGGGAAUCCUUUCAUUCCUCUUGAUACUGAAAUGCAUUUAUCUCCCUGGCAUUCAAAACACAGUGAUGUCCUGCUCCUUCAAGAUGUGCCGCUCGCUUUCUAGCAUCUUUGCACCAGGGUUGGUGGGGGUCCUGAUGCUGGCUGCCCACAUCCACCUGUGCGGAUUUCUGCUCUCCACCCGGGCUCUCCCGUCUGGCAUCUUUGCAGACUCCUUCCACGGGCUGCUGGUUCAUUUUCCAGGAAGAAGCCAAAGACCCACAUUCCUUGGCCUUUCCAAGUCUGACCGGCGGGACAUGGCUUGGUACUACGGGGCUUUUUUUAUAGCAGUGACCACUCUAUGGUUUGGAAUGCUGAGAGGUUUCCUCAUGAGUCUUGGCCAAAAAAGAAAAUCUUUUCCAAGCAAAUCUCUUGUGAGACUUAAAGAUGUGACUGCCUACAUGUGGGGGAAGACCUUCUCCCUUCUGGGACUAGAAAGGCCAAAGUUGGAAGAGACUGAGAUGGUUCAGAAUCAUAAUUACUACCUGGAUGAAUUUGCAGAUCUGUUAGAUGAGCUUCUGUUGAAGAUUAAUGGUUUGUCCGACAGCCUACAACUCUCUUUUCUAGAACAACAAUCCAAUGAUACGGUGGAGGCCAGGGCAGAAGAUAGUCCCUUGGCGGGUGUUUCUGCUUACCAAGCUACUGGGGGCUCCGGAUACUCUGCACCCCCAGACCCCUUGCAAUCAGAUGGGGCAUGUGGCUGCUUCUGGAUCCUGAGCUGCUCUCGCUGGAGGCGCCUGGUCCCCUGGAACGGGCAGCUGCCCUGGGUGACCAUCUGGAUCUCCGCGGAGAACGAAGGAGAAGCUUACGGACGGCUUAGCGCUGCGAGGCCAGAUGAGGGGGCGAUCCAGCGGGAACAGCGAGCUGGGGGCACGCUGAGUGGGCUGCGCCCCGCCUCCCGGACCUUCUCCCCAGGCGGUCCUUCUGGGGCUUCCCCGGAGAAGCUCCCCAGCGCGGACCUAGGACAGCGUGGGCAGAGGGGGCUGCUUCUCCGCUCCCGGCCGGCGGCACCCGCCGCGGCCCCGGGCCCCAGGCGGGCAGGGCAGAGCCGGGAAGGCGCCCAGGCUUGCGGCAGCUACGACAGCCGCUCCUGUGUGCAGCGCCUGCGCCGGCCUCCGCCACUGUCACCAGGAAGCAGCGGGGGGCACACGCCCUUGUUCUCUCCACAGCAGCAUCGCAGUCACAACUGCAAACAGCUGCGUCUAGCUUUUUAA